ACCAGUACCACAGCAACAGGUGUUGAUUUCUCAUUACGCAAUUCAAUAUUCCAAUUCCGUCACUCUCUCUUGCGACAAACUUUCAGAAAAUGUCUCUAAUUCCAAGCUUCUUCGGCGGUCGACGGAACAACACGUUCGACCUGUGGGAUCCAUUCCAAGACUUCCCAUUCACCGGCGGUGCUCUAUCGGUUCCCGGGGAAACGGCGUCGUUUGCGAGCACUCGCAUUGAUUGGAAGGAGACCCCGGAAGCCCACGUCUUCAAGGCCGAUCUUCCAGGGGUAAAGAAAGAGGAAGUGAAGGUGGAGGUUGAGGAAGGGAGGAUUCUGCAGAUCAGUGGAGAUAGGAGUGUUGAGAAGGAGGAGAAGAAUGACAAGUGGCACCGAGUGGAGCGCAGUAGCGGCAAGUUCAUGCGGCGGUUCAGAUUGCCGGAGAAUGUGAAGGUGGAUGAGGUGAAGGCUGCCAUGGAGAAUGGCGUUCUUACAGUUACUGUUCCCAAGGCUGAGGUCCAGAAACCUGAUGUCAAGGCCAUCGACAUUUCUGGUUGAGAAUUACAUUCACAUAAACUUAUAAAUGAAUGAUGUGAGCGGCCGAGGGUGUUGAGGGUUUUGCCCUACUGUAUGGGUUUUCACUUUUUCUUUUGAAUUUCAGGCUAUGUCAGUGUCAAACUAUGUACCAGUCAACUAUUCCUUAAUAAUAAAAUGUAAAGGUUUGGUUCUAUGCUA